GUCUCUUGCACCAUCUACUUCACUUUCGCCACAGUCGACCUACACCCAUGGCCGAAGAAGACGAUAAAACAAAUGGACGAGAAGCAGCCAGGCAUGCCAUACUCAACGAACACAAAGGGAAAGCAUUUAGUCGUGACACCCUCAAAAACGCAGGCAUCCCUGCUGGUCGACAGUUUACCAAACAUCUAGCUCAAUGUAACAGAGAACUUGGUUUGACGUUCGGGAUGGAGUUAAUUGAAGUUCGAGCACGUGGGCUCGAUCCAGUACGAAUGGCUGUAGAUGCUGAAAUGAAACGUAAAGCAAUCAAAAAUAGUCAACGUCAACGAAACGGUGAUCAAGGCGAUGAUCAACAAACGCCUGCUGAUGUCAAACCAAAAGCAGGUUCUUCGGCCAAACAGUACAUUCUACGUUCUUGUCUGAGUCCAGAGCUGAUAUAUAAGGUAGGGCAGAUAGUGGACGAGGAGAUUCCUCGGGAUCAUCGAGAAGACCGCUGGUUACAAGAAGAAAACGAUGUAUUAGAUUGGAAGCGAGGGGAUGAAGUGGCUUAUCACGGUGUUCUUGGUUUGAUCUUGGCCUUAAUUCUUACUCAUGGUCGAACCAUGGACAAUAAUGAACUUCGAAACUACCUCAAACGUCUACGGGUCGAUGAGCAAUGGUCACCUCCUCAUACACCCGCCUGCAUGCAUCCUCAACCGGAUCUUGAUCGUCUACUUGACCAUUUUGUCAAGUACAAGUAUCUUGAAUGUUCAGAUCCAAGCGGAAAACUUGCUGGUAGUCAAGCAGGUGCAAGUCGUCGACAAUCACAAGGAGUUCGAAAUGAGUCCAACAAUCAAAAACAAGAAUGGCGUUGGGGAGCUAGAGCCGAGAUUGAGUUUGGUGAAAAAGGCAUUGCAAAAUUCAUUACUGAUAUCUUCAAGGAGGCUUGCCCACAAAAUCCGCCGUCUCAGAGUGGAUCAGCCCUCGAUAUACGUUCAGCUUUCUCGGCACAAAAACUCAUGUCAGAUAUUGCUAAGGCAGCUGGAGGCGAGCUUCAGGACGCUGAUCGACUGGAAGCAUCAACGGUUGACGGGCCUGCUGCUGCUGCUAACGGCGACUACUAGAGCUCAAAUAUCUUCUCUCAACACAUCUUUCCUCAUAAGAUCAAAUGAUUGUUUUCCCUUGAGACAAGCUUGACUCUUUCCCACAUCCAUCGGGUGAUCAGAUCACUGUUUUUGACCCGAGUAUUAUGUACACAUUGAUAACGGUCUGCUCAUUGACCGGAUGAUACGACUUUACCGUGAGCCAGGCCAGUUGGUGAUCACUGAAGUAAGAAAUAUUAUACAAUGCAUAUU